GAGCAAAGCCGGAGCUGCGCGAACCGGGCCGGGGCUUGGGGUCGGGCUGGGUACCGGGAGCACGCGCGCGCGCGCGUGCGUGAGGGGGAGCGGCGUGGGGGCGGUCCCUGUGCCCUGCCCCGCCCGCCGGUUAAAGUGCCUGGGCGCCGGGACAGCCCUUGUCGGUGGCCGGACGGCGUGCGAGCGGUGUGUUUUGUCUGGUUCCUCUCCGCCAAAGUGCUUGUUGUGGUGCCGGUGCCGGGCAUGAGGGGCCGUGGGGCGCCGCGCCGCAGUGGCGGCGGCGGCGAGCACAUGGCAUAGCCGAGGUCGGCGGCGAGCGCCGGGCCGGGGUAACGGCGGUCUGGUGGGGCGAGCGUUGCUCUCUGCAUGUGGAAAGUGAGGCGAGCCAGGGAGCCCGGCGGCACCGGAGAGCACCGGUCGGCGCGGUCCUGAGUGCCCGGGCAGCGGCGGCGGCGCCAGCCCGCCAUGGAUUGCAGCCUCCUCCGGACCCUCGUGAGCCGAUACUGUGCUGGAGAAGAGAAUUGGGUGGACAGUCGAACUAUUUAUGUUGGGCAUCGUGAACCACCUCCAGGCACUGAAGCAUACAUUCCACAGAGAUUUCCAGAUAACCGAAUAGUCUCAUCAAAGUACACAUUUUGGAACUUUGUACCAAAAAAUUUGUUUGAGCAGUUCAGAAGAAUAGCUAACUUCUAUUUUCUCAUCAUUUUCCUUGUUCAGUUAAUCAUUGAUACACCUACUAGUCCAGUUACAAGUGGACUUCCACUUUUAUUUGUCAUCACUGUAACAGCUAUAAAACAGGGUUAUGAAGAUUGGCUUCGACAUAAAGCUGACAAUGCAAUGAACCAAUACCCUGUUCAUUUCAUUCAACACGGUAAACUGGUUAGAAAGCAAAGCCGAAAAUUAAGAGUUGGAGAUAUUGUAAUGGUAAAAGAAGAUGAAACAUUCCCAUGUGACUUAAUAUUUCUGUCAAGUAGUAGAGAAGAUGGAACAUGCUUUGUUACAACAGCUAGUUUGGAUGGUGAAUCCAGCCAUAAAACUCACUAUGCUGUUCAAGAUACAAAGGCAUUUCACAAUGAACAAGAAAUGGAUGCACUACAUGCUACCAUUGAAUGUGAACAACCUCAGCCUGACCUUUAUAAAUUUGUUGGUCGAAUAAAUGUUUACCAUGAUAGGAAUGAGCCUACUGCAAGGCCAUUAGGAUCUGAAAAUCUGCUUCUUAGAGGAGCCACUUUAAAGAAUACAGAAAAAAUCUUUGGUGUUGCUAUCUACACUGGCAUGGAAACUAAGAUGGCAUUAAAUUAUCAGGCAAAAUCACAGAAACGAUCUGCUGUAGAAAAAUCAAUGAAUGUAUUCCUUAUUGUAUACCUCUGUAUUCUCAUCAGUAAAGCACUAAUAAAUACUGUCCUGAAGUAUGUCUGGCAGAGUGAGCCAUUUCGUGAUGAACCAUGGUAUAAUCAGAAAACAGAGCCAGAAAGGAAAAGAAAUUUGUUUCUUCGAGCUUUUACAGAUUUCCUUGCAUUCAUGGUUCUUUUCAACUACAUUAUUCCUGUAUCCAUGUAUGUCACUGUGGAAAUGCAGAAAUUUCUUGGUUCUUACUUCCUUACAUGGGAUGAGGAAAUGUUUGAUGAGGACACAGGUGAAGGACCACUGGUGAAUACUUCUGACCUCAAUGAAGAGCUGGGACAGAUUGAGUAUGUCUUCACAGAUAAAACAGGAACGUUAACUGAGAACAACAUGGAAUUUGUAGAAUGUUGCAUUGAAGGGCACGUUUAUGUGCCACAUGUUAUCUGCAAUGGCCAAAUUCUCCAUGAUUGUACAGGCAUUGAUAUGAUUGAUUCUUCUCCAGGAGGAAGUGGAAAGGAGAGAGAGGAGCUAUUUUUCCGAGCUCUUUGUCUUUGCCACACUGUCCAGGUGAAAGAUGAUGACAGUGUAGAUGGAUUGAAGAAAAGCCAGCUCUCAAGAAGAUCUUGCAUAUAUAUAUCAUCAUCACCAGAUGAAGUUGCUCUAGUUGAGGGAAUACAGAGGCUUGGUUACACCUAUCUAAGGCUGAAGGACAAUUUUAUGGAGAUCGUAAAUCGGGAAAAUAACAUAGAGAAGUUUGAAUUAUUAGAGGUUUUGAGUUUUGAUUCUGUGAGACGGCGAAUGAGUGUAAUUGUUAGAUCUUCAACAGGUCAUAUAUUUCUGUUUUGUAAGGGAGCAGAUUCUUCCAUAUUUCCUAGAGUUAAGGAAGGCAAAAUUGACCAAAUACGAUCCAGAGUUGAACGCAAUGCAGUGGAGGGACUGCGAACAUUAUGUGUUGCAUAUAAAGAGCUCACAGCAGAAGAAUAUAGCAAAGUACAGAAGCUGCUUCAGAAUGCGAAGUUGGCCCUCCAGGACCGAGAAAAGAAAUUGGCAGAAGUGUAUGAGAAGAUAGAAAGAGAUUUUAUUUUACUUGGUGCUACAGCUGUUGAAGAUCGACUACAGGAAAAAGCUGCUGACACUAUUGAAGCACUCCAGAAAGCUGGAAUUAAAGUUUGGGUUCUGACAGGAGACAAAAUGGAGACUGCUGCAGCUACUUGCUAUGCUUGCAAACUCUUCCGGAGAAAUACACAAAUACUUGAGCUAACCACAAAGAAAAUUGAGGAACAGAGUUUACACGAUGUGCUUUUUGACCUAAGCAAAACUGUCCUAAGACACAGUGGCAGCUUAACCAGGGAUACUUUCUCAGGACUUUCAACUGAUAUGCAAGAUUAUGGUUUAAUUAUUGAUGGAGCAGCAUUAUCAUUAAUAAUGAAACCACGACAAGAUGGGAGCUCUGGUAACUACAGAGAGCUCUUUCUUGAAAUUUGCAGGAACUGCAGUGCAGUGUUAUGCUGUCGAAUGGCACCUCUACAAAAAGCACAGAUUGUGAAAUUGAUUAAGUUAUCAAAGGAGCAUCCUAUUACAUUAGCAAUUGGUGAUGGAGCAAAUGAUGUCAGUAUGAUUCUAGAAGCACAUGUUGGCAUAGGAAUCAUUGGCAAAGAAGGUCGUCAAGCCGCAAGAAACAGUGACUAUGCAAUACCUAAAUUUAAACAUUUGAAAAAAAUGUUGCUUGUUCAUGGGCAUUUUUAUUAUGUUAGGAUAUCUGAACUUGUGCAAUACUUCUUUUAUAAGAAUGUCUGCUUCAUUUUUCCUCAGUUUUUAUAUCAGUUCUUCUGUGGGUUUUCACAACAGACUUUAUACGAUACUGCGUAUCUAACAUUGUACAAUAUCAGCUUCACUUCCCUUCCUAUCCUCUUUUACGGUCUAAUGGAGCAACAUGUCAGUGCAGACACACUCAAGAGAGAGCCUUCGCUGUACAGAGAUGUUGCCAAGAAUGCUUUGCUGCGCUGGCGUGCAUUUAUUUAUUGGACAUUCCUAGGAGUGUUUGAUGCUGUGGUAUUUUUCUUUGGUGCCUAUUUAUUGUAUGACAACACAGUUGUGACCAGCAAUGGACAGCUAAUGACAACCAGCACUCACAUGAUGUUUGGAAACUGGACCUUUGGAACACUGGUGUUCACUGUGCUUGUAUUCACAGUUACAUUGAAGCUUGCACUAGAUACACACUAUUGGACGUGGAUAAAUCACUUCAUGAUCUGGGGAUCACUGGUAUUCUACGUUGUCUUUUCUCUGCUCUGGGGAGGAAUUAUUUGGCCUUUUCUCAAUUAUCAGAGGAUGUAUUACGUGUUCAUGCAAAUGCUGUCUAGUGGUCCUGCGUGGCUGGGUAUAAUUCUGCUCAUAACUGUCAGCCUUCUUCCAGAUGUUCUCAAGAAGGUCUUAUGCAGACAGUUGUGGCCUACAGCAACAGAAAGAAUCCAGGAUGCAUCGAGGCCCUGUCAGGAGCACAUCUCAGAGUUCACACCUCUUGCCUGUCUGAAAAGCCCAAGAUACAGGAGCAGUGACUGCAGCAGUUCCCCAGCAAGAAGGUCUAAUUCUCAUUCUAAAAAAAUGAUGUUUACGCACUGGAGAGGCAUUGAUUAUUCAGUACUUCCAUCUGUCUUUGGCUAUUCAAAUAGGCAUUGCCGUCCCAGUGCAGGCUACCGCUACAGUGGGUCAGGUUUGGAAACGUCCGUAUGACAGAACACCAAGUCAAGCCUUUAAAAACUGUUUAUUUCUUUUUUCAGGAAACAAACAUGUCACAGAAAUAUAUUAAACUAUACGUGGCUUUUGCAGUCUGAGGUAGUGUUCAGACAAACAGGAUCAAGAGCUAGAAGUAUGAACCCUUCCAGGCUAAUAGGCCUCUUUUUAUGUUUUGAACUACUGGAGCAAUGAACAAUCUGCACAGUCUGGUACUGUGAGACUGGUAGCACUAAAAAUUCUCUUCAUCCCGUGUCAAGAAUUUUAUGCAUUUACUGCUUCUGUCAUCUUUAGUCGUUUUCUUUGUUACUUGAAGUGUAUAGUUUCAGUCAGUGACCUACAUUUUGAGUUCAACAGGUUUAAUUUUCAGCCAGAAACAAUGACCUCAGUUAUCUCCAAUGAAAGUCUCCUAAAUCAUAUUUAACAAGUACUGUUUCUGAUUUUCCUCUGUCCUUUUUCUUUCUUUGCUCUUUCUGUAGAACAAACUGGUGUUUCCUCUGUGCAAAUCUGCUUUCAAGAAACACUCUCUAAUGCUCACUUCCUUGUAAGUGGCCAAAUCAGGGCUAGGUCUGGUUUUAAGUUAGCUUUCCCCCGUAGAAAGAUAGGCAAAACAAUCCUUGUGUGGAUUAUGUACAUGCUCUAUGAAGUCAAGUUGGCUGUUAGGUAGGUAAAUAUCAAUGUUAGUAUCUACUUAAAACCUGAACGUAAGCAUUUGGCCUAAAAUGUCUUUCCAAAUUUG